UCACAACACGUCGCCCAUGUGAUUGUUGUCAAAGUGUGUUUUUAGACCGAUGGUUUACUGUAUGAGCUGUGCAAACUUUUGAUCGUAUAACGUGCGGUAUCAGGUGCUCUCAUAAAAUGCUAGUUUCAUACGAGAUAUUUUCAAGGGACCAUUGUAGCUAGAUAACAACGUCAGAUUUAGCUUUAGCUGUACCCGAUAACAUUGCUUUGGUUCCUGACUAGGUAGUGAUGUCGGCAUUCAGUGCGGAGCUUAUAGACUACCUAGAAGGCAAGAUAUCCUUCGAGGAGUUUGAAAAGCAGAGAGAGGAACGCAAAAACAAGGUCAAAGCUCCAGAGGCAAGCGACGAGGAAGGUCCUGAUGCCAUUCUCCCCGGAACCUCACACCAAAGCCCCAAGAGAGCCAGAAGGGCACCCACAGGUGGGGCGGAUGAGGGGGUCCGUCCGUCCGUCCAGCAGGCCUUUGACUCCAUGCUAAGGGGGGCAGAAGAGCUGCAGUCUGAGGACGAGGACGACGAGAACUACGAAGACGGCGAUGAUGAAGAUUACGAAGUGGGCGAGGACGAGGACGAGGAUGAAGAGGGUGGUGACGACGAGGGGAAGCGUAAGGAGGAGAGCAGCAGGAGGCGGAAGGAGAGGCGGACGAAAGACAAGGACCGAGACGAUGAGGAGGGGGGCGAGGGUCCAUCCGCUGGAGACGUGUUUGCCUUGGAGAUGGAGCUCAACAGAGAGAACAAGAAGAUGAUGAAGGAGAGACGUCACCGCAGCAAGCUGCCCAGAGCUCUGAGGGGUCUGAUGGGCGAGGCCAACAUCCGUUACGCCCGUGGAGAGAAGGAGGACGCCAUCCUCAUGUGCAUGGAGAUCAUCAGACAAGCCCCCUUGGCUUACGAGCCCUUCUCCACCCUGGCUAUGAUCUACGAGGACGAGGGGGACAUGGAGAAGUCCCUCCAGUUUGGCCUCAUCGCCGCCCAUCUCAACCCCAGUGACAGUGAGGAGUGGGUGAAGCUGGCGGACAUGUCCCUGGAGCAGGGCAACGUCAAGCAGGCCAUCAUCUGCUACAGCAAAGCCAUCAAGCACGACCCCACCAACGUGCGCUACCUGUGGGAGCGUUCCAGCCUCUACAUGCAGCUGGGGGAGCACAGGCAGUGUAUGGACGGUUACCGCCGUAUCCUCUCUCUGCUACCCCCUGCUGACGGACUCCAUUUCAUGCAGCUGUCCAGGGACAUGGCCAAGAGCUACUAUGAGAGCAGUGAUCUGACCUCGGCCAUCGGGGUGAUAGAGGAUUCUCUGGGCCGCCACCCAGAACUAGUCAAUGAUGAGAUCAUCAACAUGGCAGCUGAGUUGUACAUUGCCAACCACCAAUAUGGGAAGGCCCUGCAGGUUCUGAUCCGGUUCUGUCACAUAGUUCUGGUGAAAGAAGAACGGAAACAGGUUCCAGCAGAACAGAAACGGGGUCCAGCAGAACAGGGGGAGGACCAGAUGGAGACGGAGGAGGAGAAGAACGAGACGACGGAGGAGGCGGGGGAAGUGACAGACGUGCAGGUCCCAGACACGGUCCCGGUAGACAUCAAGGUGAAGCUGAUGGUGUGUCUCAUCCAUCAGCAAGUCUACAAACCUCUGGAAGUGAUGCUGUCCAGCCUGACAGACCAGAGCCCAGAGGAGCUGGGAGAUCUGUACCUGGACGUGGCCGAGGCCUUCCUGGAGCAGGGCCAGUACUCCUCGGCCCUGCCCCUGCUCUCUGCCCUCGUCUGCUCCGACAAGUACAACCUGGCCGUGGUCUGGCUCCGGCACGCAGAGUGUCUGAAGGCGCUGGGCCAGAUGGAGGGCGCUGUGCAGAGCUACCUGAAGGUGGUGGAGAUGGCUCCCCAGCACCUGGAGGCCAGGCUGUGCCUGUCCACCCUGCAGCAGCAGCUGGGCCGGCCCCUGAGGGCCCUGGAGGCCCUGCAGCCCAUGUACGACCCCGAGACGCUGGCCCAGGACGCGGCCGCCGCGCAACAGGAGUUGAAGUUGCUGCUGCAUCGCUCCACUCUGCUGCGGUCUCAAGGCCGGCUGGAGGACUACCUGGACACCAUGCUCACCAUGCUGGGAAUGCUGCUUAAGGUGGCGAUGACGCGUGCCGAGGUGUGUUUGAGAGCCACCCACGUGUCCGGGGUGAGACACCUGUGCCUGGUGAAGGCCACGAGCGACGAGGUGUUCGACAUCGACGACCAGGAAGCAGCCUACCAGGACAUCAGUGGUAAGACCAGCGUGUUGUCUCGGGAGGACUGGUGGCAGCUGCUGGUGCAGAGUGUGUGCACGCUGUGCGAGGUGAAGCGCUACAAGGAGGCCGAGCUCCUGGUGGACUCCUCCCUGGAGUUCUACUCCUUCUACGACGUCAAGCCCAAGAGGAAGGAGCUGGAGGUGUUCGGCCUGUCCGCCGCCUUCCUGGACCACAACUACCGCAAGGCCUACAACUACAUCAGACUGAUGCUGAUGGAAGAGCUGGACCGACCCCAGCUGUGGAACCUCUUUAACCAGGUGACCAUCAACUCCCAGGACCUGCGUCAUCACCGCUUCUGCCUGCGGCUCAUGCUGAAGAACCCCGACAACCACGCCCUGUCAGUCCUCUGUGGACACAACGCCCUGGUGUCCGGAAGCUUCAAACACGCCCUGGGCCAAUAUGUGCAGGCGUUCCGUGUGCGCCCAGAAGACCCUCUCUACAGCUUGUGUGUGGGCCUCACCUUCUUUCACAUGGCUGCACAGAGGUUCACAGCUAAACGCCAUCCGCUGGUGCUGCAGGGGUUCUCGUUCCUGUGGCGUUAUGUGGAGCAGCGUGGGCACUGCCAGGAAAGUAUGUACAACCUGGGCAGAGCGCUGCAGCAGAUGGGGCUGGCACACCUGGCUCUACACUACUACCAUCUGGCCCUGAGUCUCCCCCCGCCACACCUGGAGGGUAUAGAAGAUGACCAGGUGGACCUAAGGAGAGAGAUUGCGUUCAACCUGUCUCUCAUAUACCAGGCCAGUGGGAACGUGGAGAUGGCACGCUACCUCAUACACACACACUGUACUGUCUGAACACACACACACACACACAUAUCUCAGCCUUGUUUAUGCUGUAACUUGAAUAUUAGGGCCUGUGGUCCAGCAAGUCAAUCCCUCUCCUUUCCCUUCAUACAGCUAACUGGGCCAAAAUGCUUUAUUUUUAUACAGGGGCUUAUAACUGAUUUGAACAGAGGCUGUUAACAUAAGUUGUGAAGUAUGUUCAACAGUUUCUUUUAAUGUAUACACAAAUAAAAUGUGUGUUAGGCGUCUUCC